AUGUAUAGAUUACUAAACUUGGAAUAUAUGAAAAUGUUGAUUAAUCUCACCCCUCUCAUAUACGUAUAUCACACAGAGCACACCUCAGUUCUUAAAUAUCUCAUCUUCAUGCGAUACACUCUCCCCACAUCUCAUUUCGCAUCAACCCCACGGCUUCUCACCACAGGUCACUCACAUACUCACACAAUCAAUUCAUCAACAAGCACAAUGUCAUCUCAACAUACCUCAAAGAUCUUCAUCAUCGGCGGCACCGGCGCCCAAGGCAUUCCUGUAAUCACCAGCCUCGUCGCCGACAAAAAAUACUCCGUCCGCGUCCUGACCCGGGACUCUAAAUCUCAGCGAGCGAAAGCCCUCCUUGCACUCGGCAACGUCGAACUCGUCGAAGGUACAUUUGCCGAUGAGACGGAUCUUAGAAACGGAUACCGUGAAUGUGAUGGUGCGUUUGUGAAUAUCGAUGGAUUUAAUUGUGGAGAGAAGAAUGAGACGUAUUGGGCUAUCAGGGCGUAUGAGCUGGCGGUUGAGGAGGGGAUCAAGUUCUUUGUUUAUGGAAAUCUGGAUUAUUCGCUUAAGAAGGGUGGUUAUGAUCCGAAGUAUAGGACGGGACACUACGAUGGCAAGGGCCGAAUCGGAGAAUGGAUCUUCUUUCAAAACACACACAACAAAGCACGUAUGGGCGCCGCACUGUUCACCACAGGCCCGUACAUCGAAAUGACUAUCUCAUCCCGCACAAUCAUGACCCCCACCGUCGAGAAUGACAUUGUAACCUGGCGGGUCCCUCUCGGCACCGGCUCCGUCAACCACGUCGCCCUCGACGAUUGUGGGCCUUACGUCCGCUGGCUCUUCGACCACCCGGAACGAGCAUCAGGCAUGGACCUCGAAGUCGCUAUCGCGCCUAUUCCCUACGCCGAUCUUGCUGCAGCGUUCACAAAAGUCACGGGUCAUCCGGCGCAGUAUAUCGAUACUUCUCUUGAAGACUACUGGAAUCAACCUGGCAAUAAAUUCCUUGCUGAUUCUCCGGCAGGGUAUAAUGCUGAUCCGAAUGAUAAAAGUACGAUGAGUUUCCGGGAUAAUUUCACGGGGUUCUGGAAUACGUGGAAACAUGAUUUGUUGAAGAGGGAUUAUAAGUUGUUGGAUGAAAUUCAUCCUACGAGAAUUAGGAGUGCGGAGGAGUGGUUUAGGAGGGAGGAUGAGAAGGGGAGGGAGAAGGGUUUGGGUGGGUUAUGGGAUAGGGUGCAGAAGGAUAAUUUGGUGCCGGUUUUGAAGGUUGGUGAGGAUUUGAGGAGGGGAAAGCUGUGA